GACUAGUUUCACCCAGAUUGCUGGACACACUAGUUUCUCACCCCUCCUCGUCUAAAGGUAGUUGAGUGGGAAAAUGACGUGCAGAGACACUCUGACUGGUGGUGGGAGAAGAUGACUCCAUCCUCAGCCUCACGAGUUCCCCAAUCACCAUCCGAAAGGGCGUCAGGAACGAGAUUGACUCGCGGCUGGCCCUGGCAUCGUCACCAGCAUUGGAGAGCAGAUGGGAUCGGAACAAGGGAGUUACCCCAGCAACGUUGCGAUGGUCGCAGAGAGAGGGGCGGCGCAGAGUUGGAUCGGUGGCAUUUCGUUGGUCUGUUAAGUCAAGAGUGGCUGGUUCUCAGCUGCGGCUCAUCUUUUGCUUUGCUGAAGUUAAACUGUAACUGGGAGAAAGAGGGAAAAGUGGAUGAAUUGAGAGAAAGGAAGGAAGAAAGAAGGAAAGAAAGAAAGAACAGUAAGAAAGUUGAGAGAGAAUAUUCACUUUCUUGAACUUCCACUUCUUUCCCCCCUCUCUUUCCCCUUCCUCCCUACUUCAUUCAACAACUUCCUCUUUCUCCUUCUUCUCUUUCUUCCUCCCUCUUCUUCAUCAUUCCCAAUCAAAACCAUCGGGCAUCGUCUCUUUCUCCCCUGACUGACUGACUGACUUGUUCUCGUCGGGUCAUCGUCCUUGCUUCUCUCCAUUCCUGCCCGAACAAAGUCAUUGAUCUUCUCUGUCUCCUCUUCUUCCUCGUUGCUUUUUCCUGUCUCUC